AAGAAAGGAUCCUUUAUGCACGUUUGUCAGGGGCUUUGGGGGUUGGUUCCCCUGGGCUUCGUGGUGUUGGGACAAGAAAAGUCCCCUGAUGACCCCACCUUCCAAAGCUUUGCUCCAACCAGGGAUUGCUGGCGACCCAGCCCAUCCGGAGCCAAAGGGGACCAGGCUCCGCGGGCAGAAGGCCGGGGCUUCUCCGAUCCUUGGUUUUUAACCGGGCCAGGUCGAUGCCACGGAAGGCCAAGGCCAGCCCCGGAGGGAACUUUGGCGGCGCCCGGGCUGCCCAUCUGGAAGCGUGACUCGGGCAGGAGAGGGGAGGGGCGGCCCAAGCGGCCAGCUUCCCUUCUCGCCCUGGCCCUGCCCGCGCCGGGGCGGGGAAGCGGCCUUGAAUCACCGGCGGGUGCCCGUCGCCUGGCCUCCAGCGGGGCAUUUAAAUGCCAGCCGGGAUUCGGGCCGAAGCAGCGCCAGCCGCAACCGCCCCCUGAUCGCGCCCCUCCCGCUCCGAGAGGAACCCGCGCGGUCGCGUCCCGCACAACCAGGCAGCCAGCCAGCCAAGCGAGCACCCGGCCGGCCGGCAGCUCUUGGUGCGCCUCCUCCGCCUCGGCCGGCUCUCCUUCAGCAGCCAUGCGGGCCAUCCCUGCGCCGGGCAUCCGCUUCCUUCGCUCCUUCUCCAGGGACAGCUGGUACCGGGGAUUAAUUCUGGUGCUAACAUUCCUGUGCUACACUACUUUUCAUCUCUCACGGAAACCCAUUAGCAUUGUAAAGAGCGAAUUGCAUUAUAACUGUUCUUCACUGGGAUUCAGGCCAAACAAUGCGUCCAACAGCACCACGUGGUGUGAUUGGAAGCCCUUCGAUCAAGAUAACUACAAAGAACUGUUUGGAGCCCUGGACAAUGCUUUCUUGGUUGCUUAUGCAAUUGGGAUGUAUAUCAGCGGGAUUUUCGGUGAGCGUCUUCCUCUGCGCUACUACCUUUCUGGAGGCAUGUUGCUGAGUGGUUUAUUUACUGCCUUAUUUGGAUUGGGCUAUUACUGGAAUAUCCAUCAAUUAUGGUACUUUGUGUUUGUACAGAUCCUGAAUGGAUUGGCUCAGACAACCGGUUGGCCAUCGGUGGUGACGUGUGUCGGCAACUGGUUUGGAAAGGGGAAGCGAGGUUUAAUCAUGGGCAUCUGGAAUUCACACACAUCUGUCGGAAACAUCUUGGGGUCCUUGAUUGCUGGCAUCUGGGUCUCCAAGGCAUGGGGACUGUCCUUCAUUGUACCUGGAAUCAUUAUAGCCUUCAUGGGUGUUCUCUGCUUCCUGUUCCUCAUUGAAUAUCCAGAAGAUGUUGACUGCAGCCCUCCUCUUCACCAUGAGACCAGUUCUGAUGAGAAAGGUCUGGAGGCAGGACAUUCCAUCAGUGACGGAAGCCUGAAUGUUUCUACCAACAGCCGAGAAAACAUCAUUGACAUGGUGGAACAUGCCAAAGACUCUGGGGAGGACCGAGAAGCCAUCAGUUUCAUUGAUGCCCUUAAGAUACCUGGAGUGAUCGAAUUUUCCUUCUGCCUCUUGUUUGCCAAACUUGUCAGCUACACCUUUCUCUAUUGGUUGCCUCUCUACAUCGUGAAUGUUGCUCGCUUAAGUGCAAAAGAAGCUGGAGAUAUGUCAACUCUGUUUGAUGUUGGUGGCAUUAUUGGGGGCAUCGUGGCCGGUCUCAUCUCAGACUACACUGGUGGCAGGGCCACCACUUGCUGUGCAAUGCUUAUCCUGGCAGCUCCCAUGCUCUUUUUGUACAACUACGUUGGCCAAAAUGGACUAGGUACAUCCAUAGCGAUGCUCAUUAUCUGUGGUGGCCUUGUCAAUGGACCCUAUGCUCUCAUUACAACUGCUGUCUCAGCUGAUUUGGGUACUCAUGAAAGUCUUCAGGGAAACGCAAAAGCUCUCUCCACAGUCACAGCCAUCAUUGAUGGAACAGGAUCUGUAGGUGCUGCCCUUGGACCUUUGUUAGCAGGUUUGAUCUCCAGCUCUGGUUGGGAUAAUGUCUUCUACAUGUUGAUUUCAGCUGAUAUGUUGGCGUGUCUGCUCCUUUCACGAGUGGUAUUCAAAGAAAUUCGAGAAUGGUGUGGCUGCUAUACAAGAAAAAGAGGGUCAAUCACCAUUUUUUGAACAGUUAUGCUCUGGGGCCAUAAAUCCCGCUUUAAAGAAUUCUGAUGUGGUCUGCCUGGCCAUAGGAGUCCACCGAGGCAAGAAGAAACAGCAUUGCCAAGGGGGUUGGUAUGUUGCCCUCCACCCACGCAUGAGGGAUGAAUUAAUGACACUCCAAUGUGCUCCAGAGACAAAACUCUCCUACAAAAAAGCUAGCCAGGUCAAUCACUGGCUUCACUUUCGGUUUUUUAAAAUGAUUGACGGUAGAAAGCAGGUGAAAAAAUACAAUAAGAGAAAAAGAAAGCAUAUUUGGGAUCCAGUUGAAGUCCCCAGACAUUUGUUUCUCUAUCAGUUGCCAGAUGCAUUCCAUUUUGUUUUUACUAUUAAAAACAGAGAACCAGUCCAGGGUUCAUUUCUCCACCUGGAGGAAGAAAAAGCUUCAGUCCUCUUGUAAUGGCUGCUUCUUCCACAGUCCUAUUGUUCAUUUCUGGAGGUGUUUUUAUUUUAUGCAAAACCACUGCCAAGUUUGUUAAAUUUGAAUUACAAGAACAACCCAGGGAAAAGAGGUUUCCUCUUAGGCCAAACAUUUUUAUUUUUAUUUUUACUAAAAGUUGUAUGUUAAUGAUAGCUAUUUCUACUACAAGGACAUGAAGUUCAAUGUAAAAUAAUACCACGAGCAGAGGCCGUCCCAGGGUGACCUCAGAAUGGCGCUAAUAAACCAUCCUUAAACUCAGAAAGCAAAACUUGUGUUGCAGAGGUGAAUAACAUUUGUGAGGAAAAGGCUGGUGAGUUUCAAAAAAUGAGACAUGGCCAAGCAUUUUUUGUUGUUGUUGAACCUGCAAAUUUAAGGGACAUCUCGGACAAAGGAAACAACAAGCCACUUCCACAACUCUGUCAGAAGACCAAAUCAUGUCUCCUAUAAUCCUUGAAAUAUCUUCAACUGGAAAGCCAAUGGGAGGCUAAUGCAAUGAUUUCUUCUUACUGAAAGGAGGCUCCUUUAGAAGAAAUGUUCAAUAUUCUAACCUCCCUUACUUAUAAUUGGCCAGUUGCAAUUGGACUUGCAAAAAGACUUCUUGGACCAACUGGAUCUAAUUUGGGUAGACAGGAAUGAAAACAACCCAUCUUCAUUGAGCCAGACUUGAGACUUUGUGCGUCUAAUCUCUUUUUUCAUAUUUCACACCAACAUAAGAGAGCUGCUGCUCUUGAUGCAGGCAACUUGGCCAACACAUAUUUUGCUGUAAGCUCUGUUUACCCCAGUUGUCUCAGGGCAAAUAAUUACAGUGGAUGUCAAAAUAUUCACAUUGGAUGUUUGGAAGAAUAGUCAGAUCAGCAGAAUGGGGGUUUCAUGCUGAUCUGGGAUAUACCACAUUCCUCUGGGGAUAUGCCACAUUCCUCUGUGGAUGUGUUUGAGUUUGUUGAAGGUGGCCUCCAGGGUAAAACACCUGUCUUCAGAUCCUCCGUUGCAGAGAUUCCUUAAGCGUUAGGUGUGAAGGAAUGCCCCCCAUUCUGCUUUUGUUAAACCUUGUCAUCUAAUGUUGUCAUCCAAUGGGAAAGAGUUUUUCUUCCCUGGAGAAGAAAAUGCUACUGAAAUUCUCCUAGGGAAUUAAUACAGGGUGCUUUCAUUUAACUCAGUUAUCAAUUGGCCAGGGAUGUGUUUUGUCUUUCAUUAAGUACAGUCGUAUUUUCAGUGGACUUUAAAUGGUUCAGUCCAGUUUCUAUUGCAUCUCUUCCUUUAAGUGGUGCCCUCCAGCUCUCUGAUUUAUCUCAAAUCACAACGGAAGGCCUCAUGAAGGGAAUUUCAUCCACCCUUCCAAAUUAGGAUUUUUUCCCCAGAUUAGUGAAGUCAACCAAGGAAACUGUAGAGGGAUCAAAAGAGCAGUGUCUGUGAAGUUCAGAAGAGAGUAAGUUCAACAGUGCCAAGUCAAAUUGGAAAGUAUUUCAGCCAAAUAAGAAAUAUCAUGAACUCCACUAGCAAAAGUUUGUGUCAUAACAACUCUUAUAGGCUUUAGAUCAGAGGUAUCCAACCUUAGCAACUUUAAGAUCUGUGAACUUCAACUCCCAGAAUUCCCCAGCCAACUAUGGAAGAAUUUUGGGAAUUGAAGUCCACAAGUCUUAAAAGUUGCUAAGAUUGGACACCCCUGCUUUAGAUUAAUAUGAAGCUCUGGAUAGUUUAUAUAAUGUUUACCAUCUUGUAUGUAGAAGAACUUGCUAGUGAUGAAAUCUUGUGAUGUACUAGUUCCAUUCGUGUAACCAGUAAAGACUCGCCAUGAAUUUUA